AUGGUAUUGGAUGAAGCCUUCCUUGAUCUGGUCAUAUAUGAAGGGAGGGAGUUUCAAAAGUAUGCUGUUGAAAAUGGUAUUUAUUUUGGGCCUGUUGACGAUGAUGAAAUAGAGAGGCUGGAGGUACAGCAUCGAGUUCUCAGCAAAAUUUUUGAUAAUCGAUUGAUCUUUCCACCAGUGCUCAGACUACGACGAGUCCUCGAUUGUGGCUAUGGGAACGGAGCUUGGGCGGUCGAAGUUGCUGAACAAUAUCCGUUUUGUGAAGUUAUUGGAGUAGAUAUAUCGCCACACAUGAAACCUGAUGACACCCCUGAAAAUCUCUGGUUGCAGGUUGAUGAUUUAAACCGAACCUUCACAUUUCCGCCAAACCACUUCGAUCUAGUUCACUCCAGACUUAUCGCAUCUGGAUUGAAUAGCCAGCGAUGGCCAAGAUACAUUCAAGAUAUAAAAAUGACGUUAAGACCCGGCGGUUGGGUACAAAUGGCUGAACUAUAUCUCAAUGUUCAAUCCGAUAACGGGACUCUCACUGAUGCUCACGCCCUGAGACAGUGGAGUUUGAAAUAUGCUCGAGCAAUCCAAGACGUCAAGGACCCUCGAGUUGGAAUGAGGCUGGGGCAAUUUUUGUCAUCAGCCGGUUUUGUCAAUGUUGAAACGAAAUUGUUAAAUAUUCCGUUAUCUCCCUGGUCAAAUGAUGUGCGAAUGAGGGAGGUCGGAGCUAUGAAUAGGACCAAUGUCCAUAAGCUUCUUGGCUCGUUGGCGUUGUAUCCACUGAUGGAGCGAUUACACAUGACCCGGGAGGAAUUCGAAGUUCUCGUUGCGCAGGCUCGGAGGGAGGUAGAUGACCUGAGCUUUAAAGCAUACUUUCCAUUGUAA